CUCGGAACUUCCUGGCCAGUUGUUUGCGAUUUCUAGGUAGGUCGUCAUUGGUGGAAUCUUGACACGGUGGACUGGAUGCACGCGAGUUGCUCUGAUUGGCGAGAGGUUCACAAUACGUUUUCGCAAGGGGGGCAACCUGCCCUUUUCCGCUGGUCGUUAAAAAUUCUUUAGUAACACGUUUGCGAGAAGCCUAACCUUGAGGCGGGUACAUCGCCACAGAGUGACCUGACUCUACAUUCGUUUUUAAAAGGAUGAAAGAGGCGUUCUAGGAAGCUGCACGUUAGACGAAUUUGCCACCAGUGGCGACUCCUGUACGUCCCAAUUCUGGUUUAGUAACUCGUACUCCAGCCGCUCCUAAUGCGCCACUUUAAUUUCCAGCCGAGAUGUACUUAAGGUAUGUAGGACGUUUUCUGAGCAGAUUCGUUUCCUAUUUACAUGUCUAUUUCUAAAUACAGCUUGUCAUCCGUAGGCAAUAACACAUGUUUAAUUAGAUUCCCGUCUCAUUUCCUCCAUUAGGACAAUGUAGUGUCCAGCCUAGAUGGUUCUUCAAGCGAAGAUGACCCUUCUCUUAUAGGUUACCCCUUGACAUUCCUCAAAAGGCCUCGUUAAUUGAUUGCUGGCGCUCCAAGCUCCUAGCAUGGAUUUAGGUCGUGCUCUGAUCCUACUCACCUGGUCGCUACUCCUAGUUGUACACAGCCAUUCCUCGGUAGUAGGAUUGGUGCGUAUGGCUGGAGUUAGGAAUCUCCCCAUCGCUUGUGGUGAACCGGGUUGCAUUGAGAGGUUCUCCUGUCCUAACGAGAGACUGCUGCACCGCCGACAGAAAAUACAUACGUUUCCAGAGCAACCAGCAGGGCAACAAGCACCUAGCUUCCGCGAUCUAGAGGCUUUACAAGAGGUAAUAGAGCAGACAACAGCUGAUCGUCGCACCAAGCGUAGAGCUAGUAGUGUGCCUAAUGAAGGGGACUGUAUUCCCGAUGGACCAUGUCCUUCGGGAGAUUCACGCCCCAACAUGGACGCGAGUGGAUGCGGGGUGGCGCACGAGAAGAGCCUGAAGAAAACGUCCACAGAUAAGCGCUUUUUUGUAUUUUGCAAAAAAACAGCAGGAGGCAUGGGGUUAUCUCGGCCAGAAAUUGCAGAGCUGGUAGAUAUUAUGAAGAGCAGUCAGUUAGAUCCUUGCACUUUCGAAUCAAUGGCGGACGUUGACCGUUUUGAGGAGAAGGAAGCUGGUGGUGUGGUGAUGGAGAAAUUCAGGGAUAGCGAUCUAGCAUCUCCCUCAGAUCGGAAGCCGAUCAUGCUGCGAUGGCGUUCCUUGUGGUCUUGUGCCCAUCCCUUCAUUCCUCUCUGCCCAUUCCCCUGCCCCUCUCUCUCCAUCCCUUCAUCCCUCCCUUCCCAUCCCUUCAUCCCUCUCUCUGCCCAUCCCUCCUUCCCUCUUGAUCUGCAGAUUCGUCACAAGUUGCGCAAUCCGAACAUGGCACGCGUUCAGCUAGAAAGGUCUGGAGAUCCUGAUGCCCUCGGAAGGCAGGAGCGCGUCGUUCAGCGCCUGCUCAACCGGUUCCAGGCCACCAAGUACAACGGCAACAACUACUUCAUCGGCAAGCUGUACCUCAUGGAUUGGGUGGAUGUCCCAGAGAACAUCCUGGCCCUUGAUUUCGUGGGGGACCGUGACGUAGAUGAUGUGGUUGAAGGCGACCUGAAUGGAGAGGGUGUGGAGGUUAUUUUCUGAAGGGAGCGAUGGGGCAGGUGGAGAAGGUCAUGUUGCAUCUGGAUGUGCUUCAUGAUCAGGGAUGUGAUUCAGAAGUGCUGCUGUUUUGGAAGUUGAUUACGGUUUGUCUUUCAUGUUGGAUGAGGAGGUAUUGUUGAGGGUUGUUUUUCAUUGCCAAUAAUAUCUGUUAUGGUUU